AGGACAAACAUGUAAAGACCAAAAAAAGUGAUGCAGUGAUGUUCGUCAUUUCUCCUUUAAAUACACUUCCCACUCACACGGUCACACGGUCAAAUUCGAAGAAGAAGAAAGAAACAGAAGAAUCAUCAAAUCAAAUCAAAUCCCUAAAAAUUGAUCUGCAAUGGAGAAAAACGCAUCGACUUCAUCGUUGAAGGACUUGGGUCCAAGUGGUCUAGAUCUAACCAGCGCCUUUUUCAAACCGAUCCACAACUCCGAUCCUCCUCUCCCUUCAAACCGACGUACCAAAGUCUCCGUCGUCGGAGUCGGUAACGUCGGAAUGGCCAUCGCUCAAACCAUCCUUACUCAAGAUCUCGCCGACGAUAUCGCUCUCGUCGACGCUAAGCCUGAUAAGCUUCGUGGCGAAAUGCUCGAUCUCCAACACGCCGCUGCUUUCCUCCCUCGAACCAAAAUCACCGCUUCCGUUGAUUACGAAGUCACCGCUGGAUCUGAUCUUUGUAUCGUCACUGCUGGUGCUAGACAGAAUCCAGGCGAGUCUAGACUCAAUUUGCUUCAGAGGAACGUCGCUCUCUUCCGCCACAUCAUUCCUCCACUCGCUAAAGCUUCUCCUGAUUCUAUCUUGAUUAUUGUUUCUAAUCCUGUCGAUGUUUUGACUUACGUUGCUUGGAAACUCUCUGGUUUUCCGGUGAAUCGAGUUCUUGGAUCUGGUACUAAUCUCGAUUCCUCUCGGUUCCGGUUCUUAAUCGCAGAUCAUCUCGAUGUUAAUGCUCAGGAUGUACAGGCAUAUAUCGUGGGAGAGCAUGGAGACAGCUCAGUGGCAUUGUGGUCGAGCAUAAGUGUUGGAGGCAUUCCUGUCCUAAGCUUUCUGGAGAAGCAACAGAUAGCUUACGAGAAACAAACUCUUGAGGACAUCCACCAAGCUGUAGUUGGCAGCGCCUAUGAAGUGAUUGGACUCAAGGGUUACACUUCUUGGGCCAUUGGGUACUCAGUUGCUAAUCUGGCUCGCACCAUUCUUCGUGACCAGCGCAAGAUCCACCCUGUCACGGUCCUUGCUCGUGGCUUUUAUGGUGUUGAUGGCGGUGAUGUCUUCCUCAGUCUCCCGGCUUUGCUUGGACGGAAUGGUGUGGUUGCUGUGACCAAUGUUCAUAUGACUGAUGAAGAGUCUGAGAAGCUGCAGAAGUCGGCAAAGACUAUAUUGGAGAUGCAGAGCCAAUUGGGACUUUGAAAAUCCACAUCUAUAUGCUUCAAUCUUAUAACUAUUGUUUUGUUAUGAUCAUUACCCCACGGGUGAUUGUGUCAAUGUUGAUCUCUAUAUGUUAUGUAAAUGUUGUUCAUGCAGAAUAAUCCCAACUUUGAGUUCUCUUUUGAAA